CUUCUCCCCUUGGUCUGGUCUAAGUUUGCCUAAAGAAAAGCUCAAACAGACUGACACACAUAACCCUCCAUUUCCAGCGAAACCUUCGAUUUCCCUCGCCUUUCACAUAGAACAUAAAGCAAAAGAAGAGAGAGUUCAAUAAAGAAAAGCUUGGAGCCUUGGCUUCUUUGCUCUUUCACCAAAAUGUUUGAAUUCCCCUGCAUUUCUUUCAUUUCGUGCUUCCUUUCCCUCCAAACUCCUCGGUCGGGGAUAAAUUGAGCCUGAUAAUCUCCGGUUGGAGUAGAGAAGUUUGAAGACAUGAUUCUCAUUGUCUUGACAGUGUUGAUCUUGCAAGGAACGCUGCAAUGUGGUUCGUCUUCCUUGCUCGGAGAUUUCGAUGCCUUAAUAGAGCUGAAGCAAGGUUUCCAGUCUGCUGAAUCAGUUUUAAGCACCUGGAACUCGUCGGUCCCUGGUUCCGUCUGCUCAUGGACAGAGGUCAGAUGCUCAAGGGGACGAGUUGUAUCUGUCAACCUCGCCGAUUUGAACCUCCAGGGCUCGAUAAGUUCUGCUGCAAUUUCGAGGCUCGACCAUCUGGUGGAGCUCACUCUUUCAGGGAACAACUUUGGGGGCCCGAUCUCGGUCUCAAACUUGAGCAGUCUUCGGUGGCUCAACAUCUCGAACAACCAGUUCAGUGGAAGCUUGGAGUGGAACUUCUCCAGUAUCCGGAAAUUGAAAGUACUCGAUGCUUAUAACAAUAACUUCACCGGUCCACUUCCACUAGGAAUUGCAAGCUUAGAGAGGCUCGAGUUCUUGAGCCUCGGCGGGAAUUACCUUACUGGGAAAAUCCCAGAAAGUUACGGCAACUUUUCGGGGUUGAAGUACUUAUCUCUCGCUGGGAACGAACUCCACGGAAAAAUACCAGCUGAGCUGGGGAACUUGACUGCCCUGCGGGAGAUUUACUUGAAUUACUACAAUGUCUUCGAGGAUGGGAUUCCUAGAGAGCUUGGCAAUCUCGUAAAUCUUGUUCAUGCGGACCUUUCUUCAUGUGGAUUGGAUGGUGAAAUUCCGGGCGAGUUGGGGAAUCUGAGGUCACUCAACACGCUAUAUUUACACAUCAAUGUCCUCUCCGGUCCAAUUCCUCGAGAGCUAGGGAACCUAACGAGAUUGGUGAACCUCGACCUCUCCAUCAACUCACUCACUGGAGAGAUUCCAUUUGAGUUUGCAAAUCUCAAGCGGCUCGAGCUUCUGAAUCUCUUCAUGAACAGGCUUCAUGGCUCGAUUCCUGAGUUUGUUUCUGAACUCCCAAGACUGGAGAGACUCGAGCUCUGGAGGAACAACUUCACAGGCAUGAUUCCUAGGAAUCUAGGCCAAAAUGGGAGGCUUCAACGACUUGAUUUGUCCUCCAACAAGCUCACCGGCACAGUCCCGCCCAGCCUGUGUCUUUCCAAUCGACUUGAGGUAUUGAUUCUCCUCGAGAACUUCCUCUUUGGUCCAAUUCCAGAAAGCCUCGGUCGGUGCCUUAGCCUUGUCCGGGUAAGGCUAGGACAUAAUUACCUGAAUGGAAGCAUUCCUGAGGGCUUCAUUUACUUGCCCGAGCUGAACCUGAUUGAGCUGCACAACAAUUUCCUAUCAGGAACAUUGUCAGAAAAUUAUCGAAACAUCUCACAGAAUCCCGGUAAGUUGAACAAGCUGAACCUGUCUAACAACUUGCUCUCUGGACCAUUACCCAUUUCACUAUCGAACUUCUCUAACCUUCAGAUCCUUCUGCUCAAUGGGAACAGAUUCUCGGGUCCAAUCCCGGAUUCUUUAGUAACCUUGAGAGCAAUUGUAAAGCUCGAUCUCAGUCAGAACCUUUUAUCGGGUCAGAUUCCUAAAGAAAUCGGGAAGUGCAACCAUCUCACCUACCUUGAUAUGAGCCAGAACAACCUUACAGGUCCGAUCCCACCCGAAAUUUCUGAUGUUCAGGUAUUGAAUUACUUCAAUGUAUCAAGAAACCAUCUGAACCAAGCCAUCCCCGUGAAAAUCAGCAUGACAAAGAGCCUUACCAACGCGGACUUCUCCUUCAACAAUUUUUCCGGAGAAAUCCCCGAAUCAGGGCAAUUCUUGGCCCUCAAUGCAUCUUCCUUUGUUGGCAAUCCUCAUCUUUGUGGUUCCAUCCUUAGAAAUCCUUGCAAUGUCGCCGUACUAUUGACAGACAAGACAGAGAACAAGGGGCCGUCAAACUUGAGGCUCAUUAUAGCGCUUGCCAUAUUAGUGUUCUCUCUAGCCUUUGCAGCAGCUGCAAUUUUCAAGGCCAAGUCGUUCAAGAGGAAGGGCGGUAACUCCUGGAAGAUGACCUCAUUCCAGAAGCUUGAUUUUGGUGUUUUGGAUGUCCUCGAUUGUUUGAAAGAUGGGAACGAGAUCGGUAGAGGUGGUGCUGGGACUGUUUACCACGGGAAGAUGCCAAACGGGGUUGAGAUCGCUGUAAAGAAACUUCCAGGACUUGGUGCCAAAAAUCACCAUGACCGUGGGUUCCGAGCUGAGAUUCAAACGUUAGGAAACAUCCGUCACCGGAAUAUAGUGAGGCUGCUUGCUUUCUGCUCGAACAAGGAUGCAAACCUGCUCGUCUACGAGUACAUGAAGAAUGGAAGCUUAGGAGAGGCAUUGCAUGGGAAGAAGGAAGGAAUGUUCCUAGGAUGGGAUCUGAGGUACAAGAUCGCUGUCGAGGCUGCCAAGGGCCUUUGCUAUCUGCAUCAUGACUGCUCGCCGCUAAUCGUGCACCGGGAUGUGAAGUCCAACAACAUCCUACUGAAUUCGAGCUUCGAGGCGCACAUUGCUGACUUUGGGCUGGCCAAGUUCCUAUCAGGCGGCAGUGGUCGGUCCGAGUGCAUGUCAGCAGUUGCUGGAUCCUAUGGCUACAUUGCUCCCGAGUACGCGUACACACUGCAGGUGGAUGAGAAGAGCGAUGUGUACAGCUUCGGGGUCGUCCUCCUGGAACUCCUGAUGGGCCGCCGGCCUGUGGGUGAUUUUGGGGAAGGCGUUGACAUAGUUCAAUGGACGAAGAUGGCGACCGGCGGCCACAGAGAGGAGGUGACCCGUAUAAUGGAUUCAAGGCUAACCCUGGUCCCGAAAGAUGAGGCGAUGCACAUGUUCUUCAUCGCAGAGCUCUGCAUCCAAGAGAACAGCGUCGAGCGCCCGACCAUGAGGGAAGUUGUUCAGAUGCUGUCGGAGUUCCCUCAUCACUUAUCAAAUGAUGAGUCGUCGUCUCAUUCGGCCCGCUGCAGUACCAACACAAGCUAGGAAGCGGUCAAGGAGGUGCUUGUGAGAGUCCUCAGGAAUGUCCUGACUAUGUCUAUCAGAAACAGAAGUAUCCGUAUAAACUUCGUAAAUCUUAUGCGGUCGAUGUAAAUCUCCGAUGUGAUGCGCCAAGAAAAUAUCAUCCGGCAUGGCAUUUGUCCAGGAUGGAUCGUCAUAACAAAUCUUGCUAUCCAACUGUCAUUCAAAGAAAUUGGGACCAUGGAAAUGUUGCGAUGAUUAAUGCUUUGCUGGUGUGCUAAAUAAAGAGGGGACAAGAGAUAGGCCGGACCGUACACGAUAAUGCUAAUCGUAAGUGCCUAAUCCCCCCGGACCUCACAAGUCGCUUUCGUGUUUCCCAUCACAUCGAAUGAUGCUUAGUGAAUCAAAUUGUGAUUUUACUGAAAGAAGGAUCUGGAAAUUAAUCCGUGAUCAGCGUGUAAAGUCUUUACCAAAACGAUAAGCGCUAUAUGACACCGGAACAAAAGUGGACUUAUAUAUAAAUGGAUACAGAAUCAACCAAUUUUAAGUAACACAAACAAUCAAACAGAAAAUAUAUAUGUGCAAGAACUGAAUCUGCACUUAAACUUAUACUCUCAAUGGAGCCCUUUUUUUUUUCUUUA